GCCUACACGCCCGCUGCUCCGAAAGCUGCAGAAGGCAUUUCUGCAGACCUCUGCACACCGCUGUCUUCCUCUGGAGCUGCCAUGAUGCAGGUGGUGCUUUUCCUCCUGCUGUGGACAGUGUCUGCGACCCCGCAGGUGCUGGACCAGUCGCUCAGUGGCCUGGAGGCGGCGCCUGACGACCUGUGCUCGAGGGACCUGGUGGCCGCCAACUUCUGCGGCAAUAAGCUGCGAAGCGCUCCGCCCUGCUGCGGCACCUUCCACCGUCUCUACCUGUACCGCAACAACAUUCAGGAGCUGGCAGAGGACUGGCUGGCUGAGUGCUCGAACCUCGAGGAGCUGAGCGUGUCCCAUAAUGCGCUGCGGCGGCUGCCCGACCGCCUUCUGUCCACCGCCUCCAGCCUGCGCCGCCUGCAGGUCUCCCGCAACAAUUUGGAUAGCCUGCCGCCCCGGCUGCUGCACAACGCCACCUCGCUGCGGGAGCUGGAUUUGAGCCACAAUAAGCUGAUGGAGGUACCACAUGCUUUUCUGGAAAAAACAAGCCACCUCGCCGAGCUCUUCCUGCAGGUCAAUAACCUGACGGACCUUCCCGAGGACUUGUUGGCGAGCUGCGGGAGUCUGCGUGUGCUGUGGCUCUCCCACAACCGUCUGAGGCGGCUGCCGAAACGGCUGCUGGCAGCCACGCCCCAGCUGCGCACCGCGCGCCUCGACCACAACCUCAUAGAGGACAUCGCUGGCGACGCCUUUGACAACAACCCGCAACUCGACCUCCUUGAUCUGUCCAGUAAUAGCCUCACGUCGUUGCCGACAGGGCUGUUCAGCAAGGCGACGUCUCUGCGCCGCCUGCUGCUCGCCGACAACCUCUUGAGCGUGGUCCCGUCAGCGAGCAGUCUACCACAGCAGCCGGUGGUCAUCGACCUCACGUACAACCUCGUGCAGACUGCCGAGGACUUGGUCGCAUUUGGUGCAUCGCGUGUCAUUCUCGAGUACAACAGCUUGUGGUGCCGCGACAACAUCCCAGCGUCCGAGCUCAGCAAAUUGGACAGGCCACAGAGAUGUCGCUUGUUUCGGCGGCGGCCUACCCGCUACGACGGCCCAGCCGGUCUCGUCACGGUCACUGCGUCGGGACUCCUCGACGAUGGAGCCCCUGCAGUAGCCCACGAGGCGACGAUCGAUUUUAGUACUACUGCUACUGCAACUACAGUGUCUGUAAAACAUGAAACAACCACUGAGUCACCACCUACUUCCGAAACAAGAUUUCCAUCAACGACUGACAUUUUAGGCUCAAAAGAUCUAAAUAUAGACGGGGGUCAUGUCACGCUCGAUUCUGAAUACACCACAUCUGCGAGUACGAUUCCUGCAAGCCAGGACUUUAGUGCCAGUACUAUGGAUCAACCACAGACGAAAACUAGCACAGAAACAACCGUAACGAAAGUCAAUUUUGACAUCGUUGGAGAUACAAAAUCUGAAGCAAGAGCAUCAUGAUAUUUCUGACUGAAAAUAAAUAUUCCAAAUGAGCACAAUGUCAGUGAAAGCAAUGGAAACAGUAGUUUAUAAUCAACUAGUACCAGUUGAAUGAGCACUGGAGCAACGCGUUAGCCCUAAAACCAUAUUACCAAUCUGAAAUAAACUAUUGUAAAAACCAAGUAUCAGAAUUUUCGAAUUUUACUGUCUGACCAGCUACAUAAUUAGAAACGUCUAAAUUGCAAUCUUUAUAGCUAACAGUUCUAAAUACAGACCUUACUGCAAUAAUCUCUAGGAAAACUGCCAAUUCUGGACAAACGCCGCAUCUAGAGGUGUUGUAAAACAGCAGUUAUCAGCUUCAGUAUCAAUGGUCUCAAAAAAUUAAGAUAAAAGGAAAAGAAAGUUCGUAGCAAAAGACGUCAAAACUUUAAAUUACAGUGCUCGCAGCUGUCAGCUCUGAAGAUACGAACUGCCACAUUCCUAACGUCAGUCUUGGAGGUGUGUGUACUAGUAGCACAUGAGAUUUUUGCCCGCUGUUAAAGAAGCUCCUAAAGAUAUUGCUAAUUAGAAAUGACAGUCUUCAAAUAACGAAUGUAAAAAUAACAUGGACUAACUGUUAUAUAUUUAUAAGGUUACAAGCUGUUAAACUUGCAACUCUGUGGUGUCCAGCUGCCAACAGUGAAACAACAUGAACUACCUCGCCAGUGCUACAAUUAAAAUUAUAAGAUAAGCUCUAAA